AUGUCUAAUUCAGCGAAUCCUUUUACACCAAAUCAACAAUCUAUGCUUCAAGGCUCACGUCGUGGUGCCCGACCUGGUUCUGUGCCUCUUGGAAAUGCCUCGGGGUCUGGCGUUGGAGCAGAUUUGGUUCGUUCUGUUGGCUUACAAGUGGCUCCUACAAUUUCUGGAUCCAACUCUCAGUACUCUUGGGCGUCUGGUGCUUCCUUCAAUUUGCGGUAUUGGCCCGAAGCAGUGAAUUCUUCGAUUGAGAAAGUUCCUGCGGCACGUAAGGGAGCGAAACUGGCUCCUAUUGCUGGUGAAUCUUCGAAAUGUAAUCAGUGUAAAGGACGUAAUGACCACAGUAAUACGUGUGCUUUUGGGUGUAUUACCCUUGGACAGAUCCCAACAGGCGCUUGCGCCGAAUGUAUCGCUAUGGGGACAAGCAAUCGGUAUGAUCGUACUUUGUUCACGAGUUUGAGAGAAGAACUUGGAAUUGUAAAGGGCCUCGAACAACAGGUAGAAUUGGCUGUAAAACAUAACUAUACUUUGCCUGAAAUCGGUUUGUUGUCACAAGUACAAGGUAUUCGUGAACGUUUGUCUACUUUGAUUGCAACCUACUCGCCUGAUAUGGCUCCCGAAGACGCUACCGCGAACGAUACUCCUCGCAAACGUAAACGUGCAGCAAGCGAUGAAGUCGCGAUCGGUGGCCGCAUGAGUCACAAUUUCGCUGCAUUCGGUUAUCGACAUGAUACCCGGACGGGACCGACCCCCGUCCGGACUGACUCAGGGUUCAUGUCGUAUAACAAUUCAUUAUCUGAUCUAAUUCCCCUCGACCAUGACGUGGUCGUUAUUCGUUCUAUAGUCACUGAUACCAGACCGGAAGAACUCAGCAUCCACUACAACAGUCUCGAUCCUGAUGUGAUACAACAGAUGAGUUUUCAAGGUCAGUACUACGAGGAUACCAGGGUAUGGGGCGUUACACAAAACGUUCAUGAAAAGUUGAGAGAUAUCAUUGAACAAAUCGCAAAUACCUACGUCGGCGCCGCGAUCAUUUCAUCUCCAAGUACCAUUCACGUAGAAAGUACAAUCAUCACUGCUGGACAUUCGGAGAGAGCUGUCCUAUUCACCCUGCAACGACUCCCUGAGGCAAAGUAUUCGAUUGGCGGGGAUGAGGAUGUCGAGAUGGGUUAG